AUGACUGUUACUGAACCAACAAACUCUUUUGUAGCAGAGCCUUUAGAGCAAACCCAUGUGGUGCACCAUGAGACCAAGGUGGAGCAAAAAGUGGUAACUCAAAAAGUUCAUCACAAGAGAUACAGAAAUCGUUGCUAUGGGGGGCAAGGUGGUGGUAGGGUUAGGCAGCCAUGGUGGGCAAAGUGUGGUAACAGUACUGAGACUUCUAGUCCUAAUGAGAACGUGAACAAUAAGCGUGCCGGAAAUGUGGAUACUUUGAACAAGUUCGCUCGAAAAGCGGGCUUUUGUGUUAAGGCUAAGAAGAGAAACUACACUCCUGUGCUUCCUGUGCAAUCUGGUGCAGUUGAAACCACUGUUAUGAUUAGAAACAUACCUAACAAAUACAACCGUGAAAUGUUGGUGGAGUUUCUGGACCAUCAUUGCAUGUUGGCGAAUCGAGAGAAGACUGAUAAAUUUGAAAACCCCAUUGUGUCAGAGUAUGAUUUCCUCUAUUUGCCUAUAGACUUCAGCACUGGGUUUAACAAAGGGUAUGCGUUUGUUAACUUCACCAACCCACAAGCAGUGUGGAAGUUUUACAUUGCCACUGACGAGCAGAGUUGGGAUCAUUUUAAUUCACACAAGAAGCGUCAGAUAGCCCUCGCUAGAAUUCAGGGCAAGGAGGAACUGGUGAGGCACUUUGAGAGUGUGGGGUUUCCGUGUGAAUCCGAUCAAGUUCUACCUGUAUUGUUUGAACCACCUCGGGAUGGCUCAAGAAAGUUGGUGAAGCAAAGCAUAGUGGGAAAAUGUACCCGCAUGGAGGUGUACUGA